GCUCUUCUUCCUCUAGACAAGGAGUUUGUGGAAGCCGCUCCCACGUCCUACAACCCAGAGGAGUUAGGUGCCCCUCUUGUUUGCUACAGUCCCAGCAGCCCUGCGCAGAUUCUGGAAGACCCCGGCUACUUCUUCCCCGACUUCCAGCUCUAUUCUGGGAGGCAUGAGGCAUCUGCUCUGACCUCAGAGGCAAAUCGUGGCCCCAGGGAGAACAGCGUGGAGGAUCCUCUCUGUAAAUUCCACUCCCCGAACUUCCCGCGGCUCCCCGAGGUGGAAAUGAGAGGUUCCGAGGAUGCAGCAGCUGGAACAGUAUUACAGCGGCUGAUCCAGGAACAACUGCGCUAUGGCACCCCGACUGAGAACAUGAACUUGCUGGCCAUUCAGCACCAGGCCACAGGGAGUGCAGGCCCAGUCCACCCGAUCAACAGCUUUUCUUCCACGGAGAACCUCACUCAAGAAGACCCACAAAUGGUCUACCAGUCGGCACGCCAGGAACCGCAGGGUCAGGAACACCAGGUGGACAACGCGGUGAUGGAGAAGCAGGUCCGGUCCACACAGCCUCAGCAGAACAACGAGGAGCUGCCCACUUAUGAGGAGGCCAAAGCCCAGUCCCAGUUCUUCCGGGGCCAGCAGCAGCAGCAGCAACAGCAGCAAGGGACGGUGGGCCACAGCUACUACAUGGGCACCAGCCAGAAGUCCCGGACUGAGGGGAGGCCCACGGUGAACCGGGCCAACAGCGGGCAGGCGCAUAAGGACGAGGCCCUGAAAGAACUCAAGCAGGGCCAUGUGCGCUCUCUGAGCGAGCGCAUCAUGCAGCUGUCUCUGGAGAGGAACGGGGUGAAGCAGCACCUACCCGGCACAGGGAAUGGAAAGGCGUUCAAGGCAGGUGGGGGACCCUCCCCAGCCCCGCCUGCAGGCAAGGGGCUGGAUCCUCGAGGUCCUCCACCCGAGUACCCUUUCAAAGCCAAGCAAAUGAUGUCCCCGGUGAGCAAGCCCCAGGAUCACGGGCUCUUCUACAAUGACCAACACCCGGGGAUGCUCCAUGACAUGGCCAAGCCGUACCCUCCUCCUCAGCCUGCCAGAACGGAGGUGGCCGUCCUGAGGUACCAGCCGCCCCCAGAGUACGGGGUCACCAGCCGCCCAUGCCAGCUUCCUUUCCCAUCAACAGUGCAGCAGCACAGCCCAAUGUCCUCCCAGACCUCCUCCAUCAGUGGCCCGCUGCACUCCGUCUCCUUACCGCUUCCCCUGCCCAUGACGCUGGCAGCCCCCCAGCCGCCGCCUGCCGCCUCCCCCAGCCAGCAGCUAGGCCCGGAUGCAUUUGCGAUUGUGGAGCGAGCCCAGCAGAUGGUAGAGAUACUAACGGAGGAGAACCGGGUGCUUCACCAGGAACUGCAGGGCUACUGUGACAAUGCUGACAAGCUCCACAAGUUUGAAAAAGAACUUCAGAGAAUUUCGGAAGCGUACGAGAGUCUGGUCAAAUCUAGCACCAAGCGAGAGUCUCUGGACAAGGCGAUGAGGAACAAACUGGAAGGCGAGAUUAGAAGGCUUCACGAUUUCAACAGAGACCUCCGAGACCGGCUGGAGACCGCCAAUCGGCAGCUGUCCAGCAGGGAGUACGAUGGGCAUGAAGACAAAAUCGCAGAGGCACACUACGCUUCCCAGAACAAAGAAUUCCUGAAGGAGAAGGAGAAGCUGGAGAUGGAGUUGGUGGCCGUGCGGACUGCGAGCGAGGACCACCGGAGGCACAUCGAGAUCCUGGACCAGGCGCUGGGCAAUGCCCAGGCCAAGGUCAUCAAGCUGGAAGAGGAGCUGCGAGAGAAACAGGUGUAUGUGGAGAAAGUUGAGAAGCUGCAGCAGGCCCUGACCCAACUGCAGUCCGCAUGUGAGAAGCGAGAGCAGAUGGAGCGGAGGCUGCGAACCUGGCUGGAGAGGGAGCUGGAUGCCCUGAGAACCCAGCAGAAACACGGCCAUGGCCAGCCGGCCAGCAUGCCGGAGUACAACGCGCCGGCCCUGCUGGAGCUGGUGAGGGAGAAGGAGGAGCGGAUCCUGGCACUAGAGGCCGACAUGACCAAGUGGGAGCAGAAGUACCUGGAGGAGAGCACCAUCCGGCACUUUGCCAUGAACGCCGCCGCCACGGCUGCAGCCGAGAGGGAUACGACGAUCAUCAACCACUCUCGGAACGGCAGCUAUGGCGAGAGCUCGCUGGAGGCCCGCAUCUGGCAGGAGGAGGAGGAGGUGGUGCAGGCCAGCAGGAGGUGUCAGGACAUGGAGUACACUAUUAAAAAUCUGCAUGCCAAAAUCAUAGAGAAGGAUGCCAUGAUUAAGGUCCUUCAGCAGCGAUCCCGGAAGGAUGCUGGGAAGACAGACUCCUCCAGCCUGCGGCCCGCCCGCUCCGUCCCGUCCAUUGCUGCAGCCACGGGCACACACUCCCGCCAGACCUCUCUGACCAGCAACCAGCUGGCCGAAGAGAGGAAGGAAGAGAGGGCCUGGAAGGGGAGCAUCGGACUGCUGCUGGGGAAGGAGCACCAUGAACCCUCCUCGGCACCCAUGCUGCCAGCCCCACCCACCGCGGCCCUGACUCCGACUGCUUCCACCACAGUGGCCAGCAGCGCCCACGCUAAGACAGGCAGCAAGGACAGCAGCACCCAGACGGACAAGAGCACCGAACUCUUCUGGCCCAGCAUGGCCUCCCUCCCCACCCGCAGCAGGCUGGGCAUGACCCCCUCCAACAGCCCCGCCCUGAAACACCCUGCCACCAGGGGCCCUGCAGAGAAGCCUGAAAGCUCGCCUGGCCACGGGAAAGCCCCCGACCAUGGGAAAGGCCGAGUCAGCAGCGUGCUCCACAAGGCCGAGUUCCCCGACGGAGAGAUGAUGGAAGUGCUCAUCUGACGCCCUCCCUGGGGCGCUUCGAGCCGAAAGAACACUGGCAAACAAGGGACAUGGCAAAGAGGAAGAGGGAAGGUCACGGAGGUUGUGGGGGGAAAGCAAGAUGAUUUGAACAGAUAUGGAUUUCAGAUCCCAGGAACCAUUUUUAUAAAUGUAAAAAUAAGACACACGUGCACGCAUACACACAUACAAACCAGGAGACCUACGUGACUGGAGAGAGAGGCACGUGUUACAAAUUUGUCUUGCACAUGGUGGAAGAGAGAAGAUGCCUGUAGGUUUGGAAACAAAGUGGAGGUGAAAUAGGAGACGGAAUGUUUCACCGUACAAAAAUGAAUCUCUUGGGGGUAGGGUCUGUGUACCUCCAUUCUCUGCUUAUAAACAGAUAAGCCUGAGCAUGGAUCUUCCUUGGGCCACCCCAUCUCCUUGCCCCUUAGCAUGUUGGUUGAAAUCUAGGGCCAGUCUUAGUAUCAUGCACACAGGACUCGGUGUUCAUACAUCAUCACUCGGGCCAUCCUCCCAGUGUCUGUGAGUGAGUGAGUGAGUGUAAGAGACAAUGAGAAGGAAUGCUUGCAGAUGAUGAGGAGUGAAAAAGUGGUCUUCACUUAGGGCCCUGUGUGGCACGGGUCGUCAGAGACCAUUGGACUUUGGGACUUUUGCGGGAGUCGGCAGUGUGUUGAAGCAGAUGGGCGUGUUAGGAUCUCGGCCUAGCCCCUUGUCCCGGACUUCUCUCCCCCACCUGUUUUCACUUUCUCCCCCAUACCGUUCUCCCCCAGUCUCUUUUCACUUUCCGUUUUGCCUCUCUAUCCUCCCACCCCACCCCUGUCUCUUUCCAGGAAGCCGUGGCAGUGUUGUUGAGGUCUGGGGAUGGUCAGAGCAUUAUCUGAACUGUGUUCUGUCCUGGGGGUUCUCAGCAACCCGGGAGACAGAAUGGGGCGCUGGCUUCGUGUCCGCUUUCCUCCCACCCCGAGUGGGGCUGCAGCUGUGAACAUCAUUCUGACUGUGGGUGAGCUAGGAGAGGGCGGGGAACUGCAGCAGCCGUUGUGGCCUCCUGCAGUCAGGCCCUGGCACCCACCAUCUUCCAGGAGCUUAUUCACGUCCACCUUGUGGUUCUGUUAGGGUCUUUCCAGCCUGCGCCCCAGGCAACGGCGCUCCACGCUCAGUAGUCUUGGCAGCCACUUUCUGGGAUGGGUGGCCCUCAGCAAGUCCCGCCACCCCUGCCCUGCGCUCCUGCUGGCUGUGGGUGAGCCUGUGUACUGCCGUGGAUGCUGUGACUUCUGUCGGGAUGUGAGGGCUCACACAGUGGUUUCUUGGCUGUGAGCUGACCCUGAAGCCUGUCAGACAGGGCCACGUACAGCAGGUGGGGGUGUAGGAGCGUUCCACUUGUCCACAACAUGACAGAGCUACCAGGGAAAGGAGCCGGGCGUGUAUGGUGAGCCUCACAUAAGACUCGUGGACACCGGCUUCCUUUACAAAUCCUGGAGGUGCCAGAUCAGCUGGAGUCUGGCUUUCUCGGGUUCCUUUCCUCGGGAAAACGUAAAAUACAAGCCCUAAGACGUUUCCAAAGCUCCUCUAAAUGAAUCAGGUACAUUAAUGGGAAUGUUUGCCCUGAUGGCUUCUUUGGGGGGCUAAUCUCUAGAGUGGAACCUGGGUGAAGUUCUAGCCUCCCCAAACUGGGGGUGGUAAGGGCUGUAAGCUCCCGUAAGGUGGGGUCCAGGGUGCCCUCAACCAUCGACUCUCCCCAGCACAUGCUCUGCGCGAGCGCCAAGCUUGGGCCUCAUGCGUGUGUGCCCUUUCGAGUCAUAGUAAACACCACAGACUGGACAUCCAGGGCGCGGAGAGGCUGGGCAGCUCCCUUUGGCACCUGCUGGUGGGAGAGACAGGAGGCCUUGCCACGGGGGGAUAGGGCUGCUCACAGCGAGGGUGAGGCCGUGGGAGAGAAGUCCCAUGGCCAUCACUUUUCAUGGGAGACAAGACUCACUGGGUGGCUACCAACACCCUUAAGGACCUUUGGGUGCCUAGUUCAUGUGAGGGGUGGCCCAGAAAGGAGACCAGGGGAUAAGUCAGUUCUGCAAGCCCGAAUGCAGCAGUGGGUGAGAGGAGAGUUCAGUCCUUGUUUCCAGGGGCCUGUCUGCCCCCCCCCCCCGGUGGGUGGGGGGUGUCAAAGCAAGCUUGCCUGCCUACUCUACCAGAGCCCAGCCCCUGCGGUGCCAGGCUGUUUGCAUUGUUAAGAGCAAAUAGAGCCACAGCCAACAUUUCUUGGCUGCUUCUUCCAUCACUGCUCCUUCUGCCAUGCUGAGACUCUUCCUUGAGAAUAGGCCCUGAGCGUGAGAACUUCUGUUCGGGGGCUUCCCCAGCUAGCCAGUUCCCUCAGUCCUGUCAUCGCCACAGCUGGCUUGAAGCCUGCCUGGCAAGUAGGUAAAGGGGAUUGAUCGCAUGGCCUGACCACUCACUGAGCCCUGGGCAGUUUGCAAUAUAGCAUCUCGCUUGAUUUUCAAAAAAACACGAUGAACUUAUAGUACUUACAGGACGCAAGUGCUGUAGUAAGUUCCUGUUGAUUAUUCUUGAAACCACCUUGACCGAAGAAAGUUUCAUUUCCUUUAUUUCACACAGAUGAGGCAACAGGCUCAGGGAGGGGAGCCCCUUCCCAAGGCCUCACAGCCAGGAGUUGGGCUUUGAAGCAGGGAUCGGAGCAAGGAGGUGUGCCCUAACUAGCAGACCACACUGCCUCCUCUAACCCGGAGAUCAUAAUCCCCCUGCAGCACCCAUCUCUGCUCUGCCUUGUACACACUUGAAUGCACACGCACACCCACACGCGCGUGGACGGACUCAAGAGCGGCUGCCAUACCUCUCUCAGGAUCAGAAACAGGAUCAACCCAGAAUGCCUAGUUUUGCCCGUACACAGCAGGAGCGGAUGGAGAGGCUUGUAUUCCAUCACCAGCGGGCUGCAAAAGACAUCUGACAAGCUCAUCCACGUUGCCUAGGGACCUUGACUUCUUCAAAACUCCACAGUGGUGUGUGAUUGUGGAACUUGGGGAGAUUCUCUGUCAGCAGCAAGGCAAAAGCUCUGGCUUCCUGUGAAGAUGUGCCCAAGUAAUUCUGCUUCAUCCUGGAGUGUUGUCUGGAAGCUUCUGCCGGCUGCCCAAAGUGGAAUAGGGGGUGUUGGGUUCAGGCCUCUGCCUCCAGACGUUUCACUAAGCAGAGGGUCUGGUGCCCGUGGACGUUGACUGUCUGCAGCUCCGUAGAGCUGAACUGCCAGGCAGCACUUGUUUGUCCAAAACUCACUGCCUCCCCUUCUCAGUUUGUCCUCUGUCUCCCAGACAUUGGUACUGGUGACCACACUGAGCGUGUGCACAGCAGGUACUGGGGCAGGUGGGAGACCAGGAUGUGGUCAACACUUGCUCCUUGAGUUCUCCAGGGGUAGGAAUUUGAACAGCACAGGGCUCAGCGUCUCUGGGUAGGGAGGCAUUUCCUCCAAAUGAGUUCGGAGCGUGAAGCAGUGACCGCAGUAGUUGUGUUAGGCAGGGAAAGGCUGUCAGAACUGCCUCCCCUGCACAGAAUAAUGCCCCGUCGGGUGUUGGUUUUCUGUUCUUUUUUUCCUUGCCAAUUGGUGUGUUUAAAAUGUAUGCAUCUGGUGUGAGAAAUGUAUAUUGGGUCUGCCGUGGACGUGCGGCUCGGUGGGAGAUUUUUAAGACAUUUUAAUGAGCAGAUUUCAGAAGUUCCCGAAAGCUGGUCAGCUGCGAGUGGUUGCAGGUCAGCAUUUCAAUACAUGGAUUUUUUUUUUUUCCUGGAACUAAUGUGCAUUGUUUUUGUCUUGCUGUUUCACUCCGCCCUUUAAGUAGUGUAACUUUCAUCUCAUUUAGUAAGUGAAUGGUAGAUAGACAUGCAUAUUUAAGUGCAUGCACGUGGAGAAUGAUGCUUAGGCUGUGUGCUUAGCUCCUUUGCUCUCCUAAAUACAGAGAAGAUCUGAGUUUCCCAUCUCAGCCGAUGGUCCUGGGAGCCGGUUGCUGCAGAGCCACCCAAGUAGAAAGACCCUGAUGAGAAUGACCUUGGGGACCAGGCAUGUGCCUGUGGCUAGCUAACCUUAGAGAUGAGAAACCAUCCCUCUGAGGAUGGAUUCAAGGUCUGAAAAUCAUCCAGAGUCGCUCACAGCUCUGUUGAAUGAAAAAUGAUAGGCGAUUACAUCGUCACAUCAUUCUAGCUUCCUUAAAAAAGAAAAGAAAAUUCCCCAGGUGGGUCUCUGGCAGCCCCUCCACUUGAGGCCUUCAGAGCCUCAGUAGUCAAUACCCCAGGUAACUCGCAGUGGAUUCGCUUUCACAACUCAAUCCCCUGCCGUGCCUCAGGCGCUUCAAUACCUGGGCACUCCCUACAGGCGUUAGGCAUCCACUCACUUAGGAUAAGCCCCUAUCGGGAUCCUCUAAAGACACCUUAUACUCCAAGUGCAUGUGAUUGCCCUGCUGCUCGACAUUUCUGAGGUGCUUUGUCACGAACCUUCGCUUUCUCCCAGAAUUAAAAGACUGCUCUCUGCUAGUGAAGUGCAUAUACAGCAUCUCCUUGUGUCCGUCCGUCCCUGAAGUGCUGAUGCCCCGUGGCAUGCGUACCUGUGCUUUCUUUGCCCAGCCUUCUACUCCCAGACCAGACCACCCAUAAGGAGGUAGUGCAAAGAAGAAUGUCAGCGAGCUUGUGCACAGCGGUUUGAUCUGAGCCGGGAUGUGUGUCCAGUGCCUCGGAGGAAGGGCGGUGAGGCACGAGGGACCCGUGUAAACUAGCCUGGGAUCCCGGGCUCCGCCCGCCCGGGUGCGCCUGUCUGCACGGAGCACUGCGGCCCAGAAGUCUGUGUACACACUGCGCUGGCGUCCAAGAGCACAGCACACCCCCCACGGCAAAUAUCCAUGUGGUUGGUCAGCCAAAGACUUUCCUAUUCUUUGCUGCUUAAACGUGUGCCUUAAUAUUGUAUAUAAUAAAUGGAUGAAA